AUGAUGAGCGAGAAAGCCACGGCCAGCGAGGCCGUCAUGAAGACGCCAGCUAGUGACCCUGGGUCUUUAGACAUUGUCCAUAAUACUGAAGCUGAGAAACGGCUUCUUCGCAAAUGUGAUCUCCACGUUGUGCCGGUUCUUACUUUCUUAUUUUUGCUUGCGUUUCUCGAUCGAAUCAACAUUGGCAAUGCUCGACUUCAGGGCCUGGAGAAGGAUCUCAACAUGUCUGGGCGGGACUACAGCAUUGCGCUGUUGAUAUUCUUCAUCCCAUAUAUCCUUUGCGAACUUCCCAGCAAUUUGAUCUUGAAGAAAGUGGCGCCUUCAACAUGGAUAAGCGGUAUAAUUGCAGCAUGGGGGGUGGUUACUAUCUGCCAGGGCGUCACUAAAAGCUUUGCAGGACUGGUUGUAUGUCGAUUUCUGCUCGGGAUGUUUGAGGCUGGGUUCUUCCCAGGGUGUGUCUACCUCAUCUCCAUGUACUACAGAAGACAUGAACUCCAAAAACGAGUCAACUUUUUCUUCUCUGCCAGUAUCAUUGCCGGUGCCUUCAGCGGACUACUUGCAUACGGAAUUGCUCGUCUGGAUGGAACAGCAGGUUACAGUGGAUGGCGCUGGAUCUUCGUCAUUGAAGGACUCGCUACCGUCGUCUUUGCCAUUAUCUCAAAGUUCUUCAUUGUCGAUUGGCCGGAGACGGCCAAAUUCUUGAACGAUCAAGAGCGGAAGAUGCUCCUUGCCCGUUUGACUUUUGAUAAUAAUGGUGCACAAAUGAACCGCCUCGACCGACCAGCCCUGAAACGCUGCUUAUUUGAUAUUAAGAUAUAUCUUGGGAUGGUCAUGUACUUUGGAGCUGUGACAUCUGGAUAUGCUACUGCUUUCUUCACUCCUACCAUCCUCCAUCAAUUCGGCUGGGCACCGCUCAAAGCUCAAGUAAUGAGCAUCCCAAUCUUUGUUGUUUCAACCGUCAUCACCCUAGCUCUAGCCUGGGUUUCCGACGCUAUACGCCAUCGCUUUGCUUUCACUAUUUUGGGUUGCGUCGUAGCGACCGUCGGCUACGUCCUGCUUCUCUGCCAGCAACAUGUUCCCAUAGGAGCUCGAUACUUUGCCGUCUUUGCGAUUACCAUUGGCACUUUUAUCACACAGCCGAUCUGCGUGACAUGGCUCAGCAAUUGCAUGGCAGGACACUAUAAACGCUCCUUUUCUACCUCCUUCCAAGUUGCGUUUGGUAACUUUGGAGGCAUACUUGCGAGCAAUAUAUUUUUAGAUUCAGAAAAGCCCCUAUAUCAGACUGGGUUUGGCACUACCCUGGGAGCAUUCUGGCUAUGUGGAAUUGCUUGUAUUAUACUCCUCUUCGUUCUCAUUCGGGAAAAUCGAAUCCGCGAUGCGGGAGGCCGAGAUUAUCGAUUUCAGUUACCGGAGGAAGAAGUCACUAAUCUCGGAGACGAUCAUCCAUCGUUCAGGUUCUCGUAUUAG